AUGCUCUGCCACUCCAUCACCAAAGCUGCCACAACGGUUCUCGUCGCCUUUGCUGUCGGGGCCAACGCCUUCACCACUCCCUGCAUCUACCAGCAGUACAAGUGUGGCUACAACUUGAUUGCCAACCAAGUAUACACCGACGCAGAGCUGACGGCCGCCGUCAACACGACGGGGCCGAUCCCGCCGAUCGAGUCGAACCAGCUGCUCCAGGUUCUCUACCGCUGCAUCGACACUAAUGGCGCCAUUGCCGGAAACUCGUACUGCAUCAGCGGUUGCAUCUCCAUGCCCGGCAACGAUGCCAACGAUCAGUGCGCCAUGUAA